AUGAAAAGCCUUGACAGCGUAGAAACGAAGCAAUACUGUCAGCGCUGGUCGACAAGGUGUGGACGCGUCGUAUAUGAGGACAUUAGCCAAUUGCUACGACGAUACGCACUAGAUAAAGCUUUUCCACCGCCCUGUCACCAUACCAAUUGGAAAGGGGUACGACAAGGCGAUACUAUAUCGCCGAAGCUGUUCACGGCUGCAUUGCAAUGGAUAAUGAAAUCACUAUCGUGGGAAGAAAGGGGCGUACGUGUUGAUGGAAGAUUUCUCUCGAACCUUCGUUUCGCGGACGACAUCGUUCUCUUUUCAAGCAGUACCAAUGAAGCAGAAACGAUGCUCAACGAAUUGAACGAAGCAGGACUACGAAUAAACAGAAAGAAGACACAGUUCAUGAAGAACGCCCACUGCGAAGAUGGAGGAGUACAACUUGAAGGCUCCCAAAUCGUGGAAACUCCGUCAUACGUAUAUCUCGGACGUUCUAUGAACAUGGAAAACGACUUGAAGGAAGAACUGAAUAGAAGAAUGAGAGCAGCAUGGGCAGCAUUCGCAGCCGUCAAGGAAGCUACGGACCAACUGACGGACCAAGAUCUUCGUGCCCAUCUGUUCGACUCGACAGUCCUUCCAGCGCUCUGUUACGCAGCGGAGACGUGGCAGACACCGCGGCCGCCACCCACAGAGCCCUUGAGAGAUGUCUCCUGA